UCAGCCUGAGCCUCAGCCGCCGCUCUGAGGCGGCGCGAGCUCGCGCAGUCGCCGUUCGCGUCCGGCGGCGGGAGGGGGGGCGGCGGGCGUCGAGCUCGGUGAGGCGCCGCCGCCGCUGCUGCAGCUGCCGCCGCCUGAGGAGAAGCACGGAAGGGAGGCCGCCGGCGAGACCCGCGAGGGCGAGAGGAGGGCAGCGAUGGCGGCGGCGGCGGCGUCCGUCGGCUGACCCGGCCUCUCGCCUUUGGGCCGGUGGGCCCGGCGCCCGCCUGAGGGGAGCCAUGUCGAACGCGGGGAGCCGGAGGGCCGGAUCCAGCAUCAAAGUUCGCCUCACAGUGCUUUGUGCCAAGAACCUUGCAAAAAAAGAUUUCUUCAGGCUUCCUGACCCAUUUGCAAAGGUGGUGGUGGACGGUUCUGGUCAGUGCCACUCAACUGACACUGUGAAGAACACGCUAGAUCCCAAGUGGAACCAACACUAUGAUCUAUAUGUUGGGAAAUCGGAUUCUAUCACCAUCAGUGUCUGGAACCACAAGAAAAUACACAAAAAGCAGGGAGCUGGCUUCCUGGGGUGUGUUCGACUCCUUUCCAAUGCCAUCAGUAGGCUAAAAGAUACUGGAUACCAGCGUUUGGAUCUAUGCAAACUAAACCCCACAGAUACCGAUGCAGUACGAGGCCAGAUAGUGGUCAGCUUACAGACACGGGACAGGAUAGGCACAGGAGGGUCUGUUGUAGAUUGCAGGGGGCUGCUGGAGAAUGAAGGAACGGUUUACGAAGACUCAGGACCUGGAAGGCCACUGAGCUGUUACAUGGAGGAGCCAGCGCCAUACACAGACAGCACUGGAGCUGCUGGAGGAGGGAAUUGUAGAUUUGUGGAAUCCCCCAGUCAGGACCAGACACUCCAGGUGCAGCGUUUACGGACUCCUGAUGUGAGAGGCCAUGUACAAACCCCCCAAAAUAGGCCACAUGGUCAUCAGUCCCCAUCGCCUGACCUGCCUGAAGGCUAUGAACAAAGGACAACAGUACAGGGACAAGUUUACUUUUUACAUACACAAACUGGUGUUAGCACAUGGCACGACCCCAGGAUACCAAGAGACCUUAACAGUGUGAAUUGUGAUGAACUUGGACCUCUACCACCAGGUUGGGAAGUUAGAAGUACAGUGUCAGGAAGAAUAUAUUUUGUAGAUCAUAAUAACAGAACCACACAAUUCACAGACCCAAGACUGCAUCACAUCAUGAAUCACCAAUGCCAACUAAAAGAACCCAACCAGCCUUUGCCAGUGCCGAGUGAGGGAUCAUUGGAAGACAGCGAGGAGUUGCCUGCCCAGAGAUACGAGCGAGACUUGGUGCAGAAGCUAAAGAUCCUCAGGCAUGAGCUCUCCCUCCAGCAACCCCAAGCUGGCCACUGCCGCAUCGAAGUAUCGAGGGAAGAAAUAUUUGAGGAAUCAUACCGGCAGAUAAUGAAGAUGAGGCCAAAAGAUCUAAAGAAGAGACUGAUGGUGAAAUUUCGAGGAGAAGAAGGCUUGGAUUAUGGUGGAGUGGCAAGGGAGUGGUUGUACCUUCUGUGCCAUGAAAUGCUGAACCCUUAUUAUGGACUCUUCCAGUACUCCACGGAUAACAUUUAUAUGCUGCAAAUAAAUCCAGACUCCUCUAUCAAUCCUGAUCAUCUGUCUUACUUCCACUUUGUUGGUCGGAUAAUGGGUCUGGCUGUGUUCCAUGGACACUACAUCAACGGAGGUUUCACCGUUCCUUUCUACAAACAGCUGCUGGGCAAACCCAUCCAGUUAUCUGAUCUGGAAUCAGUCGACCCAGAACUACACAAGAGUUUAGUUUGGAUUCUAGAGAAUGACAUCACUCCGGUUCUGGACCAUACUUUCUGCGUGGAGCACAACGCUUUUGGCAGGAUUCUGCAACAUGAGCUCAAACCAAAUGGAAGAAAUGUUUCUGUUACAGAGGAGAACAAGAAAGAAUAUGUGAGGUUGUACGUUAACUGGCGGUUCAUGAGAGGAAUUGAGGCCCAGUUCCUGGCUCUUCAGAAAGGCUUUAAUGAACUAAUUCCUCAACACCUACUGAAGCCUUUUGACCAGAAGGAGCUUGAGCUCAUCAUAGGUGGCUUGGAUAAGAUCGACUUGAAUGACUGGAAGUCCAACACACGCCUGAAGCACUGCAUGGGAGACAGCAAUAUUGUCAAGUGGUUCUGGCAGGCGGUGGAAGCCUUUGAUGAGGAGAGAAGGGCCAGGCUGCUGCAGUUUGUGACGGGCUCCACGCGGGUUCCCCUCCAGGGUUUCAAGGCUUUGCAAGGUUCUACAGGCGCCGCAGGACCCAGGCUCUUCACUAUCCACCUGAUAGAUGCAAAUACAGACAACCUUCCAAAAGCUCAUACUUGCUUUAACCGAAUUGACAUUCCGCCUUAUGAGUCCUAUGAGAAGCUUUAUGAGAAGCUGCUGACAGCUGUGGAAGAGACAUGUGGGUUUGCAGUGGAGUGAUUGGGCAACCAAAGGAAACAGAUACUACUAGCUCAUGGACCACCAAAUCAAAAAGCUGUAAGAAGAAGCUUGCUGUGAACUUCUUUUGUCCAAAGCAUUGCGACGCUCGACAACUGGGGGAGUGGAGGCUGCUUCCUCUCCUUCCUUCCUGUGGUGGUGUGGGGGGGGGCUUUUGUUGGGGGUUCCCAACCAUACUUUUCUCCCCUUUGUUACAAAAAAUUCCCCCUCCCCAUUUUUUUCCCAUGUCCCAUGAAACAAAAGGCAGCCAGGUUCAGCAUUUGGUUUUGGUUACCCAAGAUAUUCUGCUAGACUCGUAACACAUAUUGUGAUAAGGUCAAUGACCUGUGGUCUUUUUUUAUAGGAGUAUCAAACUGUAGUUGAGUAUCUUGAGAUUGGUUUGCUGAGGACUUUUCAACUGGUAGGUGUAUCUGGAUGUUUUGUCUUAAUGCAGUCCUGAGCCCUUGUAGCAUCCAGAAGCAUCCUAUGGAAAUGAGACUGGCACCGGGAUUCCAAAUUGCACAUUUCAGAAUACCCAUUAAAGAACAGUUAGCAGGAAACGGCUCCGUAGGUGCAGACAGCUGAAGGUUAUUCCUUGAGAGGGAGCUUUUUGUCCAAGUGUGGUGGCUUGGCUCUUAAGAGAGAGGAACCCAGAGGAGUCCAAGCCAUCUUGAAUUGGGAGGUAAGUUUUCAUUCUGGAUGCUUUGUACAUGAGACAGAUUUGUUCUGUGGACUUGCUUCCCUUCUGUGUGUGAUUGAAGGCUUGUGUUAGAGAAUGUGGCAGUGGGGAAAGGGCCACAUUGUCAGCAGCCUGAAAAAGUUUUCUCCUGACAUUGUUUUUUCAGAUUCUUUUUUUUUUUACUUGAAACUGCAGAAAUUCUUUUAAGAGGAAAUAGCUAAAAGCAAAACUAAUGGAACCAAGUUCCGUCGUUGAGCCACUGGGAGUGGAAAAUGGCUCUGUUGAAAGAUGAAUAUAUAAUAAAGAUCUAACACAGGGGUUUUAAGCCUACAGAUACUGAGUAACCCAGAGUACUGCUUUGAAAUUCUUCUCCACCCUGACUUUCGUAUAUCUGAAGCUAAUGUUCAAGGUUGGUGUCAAGUGAUUGGUUUCACACAGCUUCUCAGAUGCAGGAGAAUCAACCCUGUCAGGUAAACCAAAUCAAACAGGUUUUUCAGUUUCCACAAUAAGAAACAAGGCAGUGUUUUUUAACAACAUAACAUUUUCUUGGCAAAAAGGUCAACUAGUAAUCAAUUGUGAUUCAGUUCAUAAGACUCCCCCCCCAAUAUAUAUAUUAAAAUUGUUUUAAGCAAAGAUGCAUAUUAACCGUUACUUUGGACAAGUAAGGACAUUGGGGUUCAGCCAUGGGUCAAAUGGUUCUUUUACCUACAAGGAUAUUUCUGUUGUUCAUUUUUAUUUUUAUUUUUAAAACAUUGAAUUUGAUAAUAGCUUUAAACUGUGAUAUGACAGAUUUAAGUUAGAUACCUGUCAGAGUCCUAAAAUCUUUCUUUCCUGUUGUUAACCGUUUUUUUUUUUGUGAUGGACACAUGAGGAUUAUAUUUGAGAAAGGAAUUCUUUUUAUUUUGUGUUUUUUGCACCAUGUGGCUAAGUGUUGGAUUUUUUAGGUGAGCUAAGGUUUAACUUGAAAUGCCUUUUGAAUCCAGGCGCACUUAAGGGACCAGUUAGCUACAGCUAAGUUAUUUAGGAAGGGAAGUGUAUCAAGGAGGUUUGAGGGAUUUCGGAUUCACAUAUUUGGUUAAGCAUCUUUGUAGUACUCUGGAUAAUAGAAAUCUCAUGAUCUUGCCAAAUGUCUGUGGAGAUCAGAUGUUGCUAUUGGACCCAUUAGCCCUGUCAGUGGAAGUUGAAUGCACAAGGUUUCGUAGAGAUAGGAACAUCACACGAAAAGGUUUUCACAAGUCAUUUCCAUGCAAAUCUGAGGUGUUGGAAGUGAAAGGUCUUUCCUGAGCACAGAGGCUGAACAGGUUGCCCAUGUGAGAUUAGCAACAGUUAGCAAUGGCGACUGUUCACCUGGAGGUGAAUCUUAAUGUGACUCUUGCCAUGUGGUUUCAGCUUCUGUACAGUUGGAGCCCACACCAUGCCAACAACAUUUGAGAUGGAGAAGUAAGCGAGCAGGUGGCCACAGGCGUGGCAGGCAUGCUCCGAGGGCAGCAUGAGCAUUGGCCCCGAGUCCGUGUUCAGGCCCCGAGCACAUGGCGCCUCUGUGAUAAUAGUGCAGAAGAUUGGGGGACUUCUAUCUCCAGGAUAUUCUUUACAUUUCCCAUUUGGUGUCACUGUUCCAACACCCAAGAGCCCAAACAGACUGUUUGCUGCAUCUUAGCUUGAGGCAGCAGCAGCAGCAGGGAUCAAAGGAAAAAAGUAGACCAAAGGUUUUUUCCCCCAGGGUGCUGGCUAGAGCGGCACAGACCACUUGCUUCUGCUCAGGCUGAAACUUCCACAUCUCCUCCCUGAACAAGAGAGGGUAUAAAAUAUAAGUGGGAAAGUGGGCUUCUUGCUGCUACAAUCUGCUGAGCUUCAGCACAGUCUUUGCUGAAAGCUUUUUAGCAGUCAAACCAUCCAAAGGACACACAACAGACUUGAUGGUUUUAUAUUUUCCCUGCAGUGGCCUCUUGGUAGAUUCAGGCCCUCCGGGCUUGCAGCAAGUCCGUGGAAGUCUACCCUAAGGCAGAUGGAGGUGGUGAAGGGAACAGGAAGUUUCCUACUCUCACACAACUGACUUGCCGGCAGUACACCUUUCCCCUCUCCCCCAUGCAGGAGGUGGUGAAAGGGCUAUUUCAGUUGAGACAGAGGAACAAGAGCAGGGCUACGUGCUUCCUCUUCCCCCAAGCAGCUUGUCACAUCCAAAGUCUCCGUUAAUCUAAAAUCUCCAGUAUGUCUAGCAGUGUAGGUCAGUGAUGCAAAUCUGUUUUUUUGUUUGUUUGUUUGGUCUUUUGUUUAGUUGCCCUGAAAUGCAUCAUCCUUCGUUUAUGCACUCAGGGAUGUAGGAAAUUGCCACUCCUUUUGUGUUACGAAUUGGAAAGGUAUGAGUGAGUAGCCCAAGGUCUAACCUUGACAUAUUGGAGCAACUUUUUGUUUCUGAAGAGGCUGCUUGUUCAGCAUGGGGUGUGGUUUAUGAAACCUCAACUAUCAUUCAGACGCCUCUUUCCCCCACUUCCUUAGUCCAUUGCCCAGUAUACUACACUGUAGAGCACAGAAAGUUUUCCAGAAAUGCAGUACAUAUUUGUUCUUACUCAGUUAACUUUUUUUUUGUUCCUCAACCACUUUAUAAUGUAUUUUUUAACUUAUUAUUUUGUAACGUCUUGUUUUUAAGUAUUGCUGCUACUCCUUGUUACUCUUCUCACCAUUUUUAUUGCAAAUUUUAUUUUGUGAAAAAGUUGUACACUAAUGUUCUUCAUUUUAUGUCUAAAUCAAAGUAUUUAAAGAAAUACUAGUUCUAUUUAACGUGGUUAUGGAGCCAGCUGGAAUAAACCGUGAUUGUAUAGCAGGCUGGGCCCAGGAGGUCAUGUUCAUUUUUGUUACAUAUGCAAUAAACUCUCACAACUUUAAA